AUGGCCUCUGCCACUAUCGAGAAAACUGCGAUCCUAUCCAAAUAUCUGGACCUAGACCAACGUGGCGCUAUUAUCGCCGAAUACGUGUGGAUUGAUGGCUCUGGUGAGAUGCGUUCCAAAGGACGUACAUUGUCCAAGAAGAUCAGCAGCGUUGAUGAGCUACCAGAAUGGAACUUUGACGGUUCGUCGACUGGCCAGGCGCCAGGUCACGACUCCGACGUGUACUUGAGACCCGUGAGCUUCUACCCAGACCCUUUCCGUAAGGGAGACAACAUCUUGGUGCUUGCUGAGUGUUGGAACAACGACGGUACUCCAAACAAGUUCAACCAUCGUCACGAAGCAGCCAAGCUUUUCGAGGCUCACAAGAGCUCCGAGAUCUGGUUCGGUCUCGAACAGGAAUACACGCUGUUCGACGAGAGCGGCAAAGUCUACGGCUGGCCACAAAAUGGUUUCCCAGCUCCUCAAGGACCUUACUACUGUGGUGUGGGUACUGGCAAAGUGUACGCACGUGACGUGAUCGAGGCUCACUACCGCGCCUGUCUGUACGCUAACAUCACGAUUUCCGGUAUCAACGCCGAGGUGAUGCCAUCCCAAUGGGAAUUCCAGGUGGGUCCAUGCACCGGUAUCGAAAUGGGUGACCAAUUGUGGAUGGGUCGUUACCUACUGACACGUGUGGCCGAAGAGUUCGGUGUCAAGAUUUCUCUACACCCUAAGCCUCUACAAGGUGACUGGAACGGCGCUGGUUGCCACACCAACGUUUCCACCAAGGAGAUGCGUGUCCCAGGUGGUAUGAAAUACAUCGAAGAUGCCAUUGACAAGCUAGGUAAGAGACAUAUCGAACACAUCAAGCUAUAUGGUGCCGACAACGAUCUACGUCUAACUGGUCGUCACGAGACUGCUUCUGCCACCAGCUUCUCCUACGGUGUUGCUAACCGUGGUGCUUCUGUAAGAAUCCCAAGAUCCGUCGCCAAGGAAGGCUACGGAUACUUCGAGGACAGAAGACCUGCCUCCAACAUCGACCCUUACUUGGUCACCGGUAUCAUUUGUGAGACUGUUUGUGGCGCUAUUGCCGACGCCGACAUGACCAAGGAAUUCGAAAGAGAAAGUGACUAA